AUGGGAAUCGGCAUCCUGAAGUGGAUGGUGGCGGCCUUGGUCUGCCUCCAGCUCAAGGAGGCGACCAGUGGUCAAGUGAUCACCCUGAAGAAACUGAAGUCCAUCCACGAGGUCAUGAAGGAGAAGGGUGUGCUGGUCCAGUUCCUGAAGACCCACAAGUACGACCCCACCCAGAAGUACUGCUUCAGUGACUUCAGCGUGGCCGACAAGCCCAUGGCCUACAUGGACGCUUCCUACUUUGGUGAGAUCAGCAUUGGAACUCCAGACCAGAACUUCCUGGUUCUCUUUGACACUGGCUCCUCCAACCUGUGGGUUCCCCCAUCUACCCACCUAACCCUCCCGUGUCCUCGUCCCCCUGCAGCCAGCCACCCCGGCUUCAACUCCAACCAGUCGUCCACCUGUUCCACCAAAGGGCAGACCUUCUCCCUGCAGUACGGCAGCGGCAGCCUCACUGGCUUGUUGGGCUAUGACACUCUGACCAUGAGUGGCAUCCGGGUCCCCAAACAGGAGUUCGGCUUGAACGAGACGGAGCCGGGUACCAAUUUCAUCUACGCACAGUUUGACGGCAUCAUGGGCAUGCCCUACCCCUCCCUGUUGGUGGAUGGGGCCACCACAGCCCUGCAGGGCAUGCUGCAGGAGGAUGCGCUCACCAGCCCUGUCUUCAGCGUCUACCUCAGCAGCAAGCAGAGCUCUCAGGAUGCCGGAGCAGUCAUUUUCGGAGGAGUGGACAACAGCCUGUUCUACUGGCAGAUUGGCAUUGAGGAGUUCCUCAUCAGUGGCCAGGCCUCUGUCUGGUGCUCCCACGGCUGCCAGGCCAUUGUGGACACAGGCAUCUCUCCGCUCACCAUGCCCCAGGGGUACCUGACUGCCUUCCUGCAGGCCAUGGGGGCCCAGGAGAACCAGCACGGAGAACAUGCCGUGGACUGUGCCAACAUCCAGAGCCUGCCCACUUUCACCUUCAUCAUCGAUGGCGUCCAGUUCCCUCUGCCACCCUCUGCCUACAUCCUUACGAACAGUGACUCCUGCACUGUGGGGGUGGAGCCCACCUACCUGUCCUCCCAGAAUGGCCAGCCCCUGUGGAUCCUCGGGGAUGUCUUCCUCAGGUCCUACUAUUCCGUCUAUGACAUGGGCAACAAUAGGGUGGGUUUUGCCACUGCUGCUUAG